AUGGUUGAUAUUGCUUCAUCCCAUAGCAUUUUCUCCUUCUUGGAUGGUUCAUCUGGUUACAAUCAGAUUAAGAUGGCCCCUAAAAAUGAGAAAUUCACUGCCUUUCGCACCCCCAUAGGUGUGUUUUGUUACAAGGUGAUGCCCUUUGGCCUCAAGAAUGUCGGGGCCACCUAUCAGCGUGCAAUGACUAUCAUUUUUCAUGAGUUGAUUCAUGAGCAAGUUGAAUGCUAUGUGGAUGAUUUAGUGGUCAAAAGCAAGGUCCGUAGUGAUCACCUCCGAGACCUACGAAUCAUUUUUGAGCGCUUAAGAAAGCAUGAUUUGAAGAUGAAUCCCCUAAAGUGUGCAUUUGGCAUUUAUGCGGGGAAGUUUCUUAGUUUUAUUGUUCGCUAUCGUGGCAUUGAGAUUGAUCCUUCCAUGAUCAAAGCUAUAGUGGACUUGAAACCCCCUAGGAGUCUCACCCAGUUGAGGUCUUUCCAGGGUAAGCUCAUUUUAUUGCGGAGAUUUAUCUCCAAUCUUGCCGGUAGAUGCCAUCCUUUCGCUGCUCUAGCAAAGAAGAAUGCCUACUUCCAUUGGGAUAAGAAUUGUCAGGAGGCCUUUGAGAGCAUAAAACGCUACCUGACGAAUCCCCCAGUGUUAGCUGCACCCAUCCCUAGUAAACCAUUGAUUCUUUACACUACUGACUUGGAUGAGUCACUUGGUGCACUUUUAGCUCAAGAAAAUGAAGAAGGCAAAGAGAAUGCCUUAUAUUACCUUAGCAGACGUCUGAUUCCUGCAGAGCUAAAAUACCCGGCAAUGGAAAAGCAGUGUUUGGCCUUAAUCUUUGCUGUGCAGAAGCUUAGACACUAUAUGCUAUCACACAAGAUCAGUUUAAUUUCUCGAGUCAACCCUUUGCAGUACCUGAUGACCCGUCAGACUUUGUCAGAUUCCCCACUUAAUGACGAUUUGCCUGAUGAAUUAGUCAUGAGUGUGGAAGAGCAGGAGUCCCCUACUUGGGAGUUUUACUUUGAUGGAGCUUCUUCCAUCAAAUCACUACGUCCUUACGAAACUCCUGUAGUUAGGGUAGGUUUGGGGCUUGUUUUUGUGUCUCCUGAAGGCCACACCCUUCGUUACUCCUACAAUCUUUCAGAGCCUCGUACAAAUAAUGAAACUGAGUACGAAGCCCUAAUUGUAGGACUUGAGUUGGUAAUUCAGAUGAGCAUCGUGCGGGUGAAGAUCUUUGGAGAUUCCCAACUAAUCAUUAAUCAAGUAGCUGGAAUUUUCAAAGUCCUCAAACCUGAGCUCUUGCCUUAUCACGAUAGGGCAAUGGAGCUCUUUAUAGCGGAUGCACUAGCUAAACUUGCUAAGGAGUUGGCUGACCCGAAUGGAAAUCCGGUGUCGGUUGUUGUCCAGUACCGACAAGCCUUGUGCCCCGCGGACUUGUCUUCUCCCGAUCAGACCCUCAUAGUAUGCGCUGUUGAGGAAGAGUCAGAUUGGAGAGUCCCUUUUAUGGAAUACUUGAAGCGUGGUAAGCUUCCGGAUGACCGUUCUCUUGCCACUCAAAUUAGAAAGAGAGCUUUGUCCUUCUCCUAUGUGAACAAAACCUUGUACCGACGCUCUUUUGACCAGAUGUGGUUGUGUUGCCUCAACAACGAGGAGGCUCGUAAGGUCAUGGGCGAAGUACAUGAGGGACUUUGUGGUGCUCAUCAGUCCGGACCUAAGAUGAAGGUCAAAAUUAAACGCCUUGGUUAUUAUUGGCCGACUAUGAUCCGUGAUUGCAUAGAGCACGCUAGAAAGUUCCACCAAUGCCAGAUUCAUAAUACUGUUAUUCAUCAACCUCCUAAUUCGUUGCACCCCACUGUUUCUUCUUGGCCUUUUGAAAGUUGGAGCACGGAUGUAGUGGGUCUUAUUGACCCUCAUUCCUCUAAGGGUCAUAGAUUCAUUCUGGCUGCUACAAUUACUUCUCUAAGUGGGCAGAAGCUAUCCCGCUUAAGGAAGUCAAAUCAGAAGAUGUGA